UCCAUUUUCCUUUCUAGGAAUUUGUUUCUAUUCCCUUGAGCUGCCGAAACAAGUUUAGCCUUCUUCAUUUCAUCUCCUUGAGAUUUUUCUCAGCAUUAUGGCGCACAUUCCCACAUUGAUUACUUCACUAGUCUAUUGGUUUGCUUUUUGCAUCCUUCUUGUUGCUUUUGUCUUGUGUUUUAGUUCUUGUAGUACUUGUGCCAUGGCCGGGAAUGAGACCGACCAACUAGUCUUGCUUGAAUUCAAGGCCAAAAUAAGCCAGGAUCCUUUCAUGGUUUUCAGCUCAUGGAAUGAAACCACCCACUUUUGCCAAUGGCAUGGUGUUACAUGCGGUCACCGACACCAGAGAAUCAUUGAGUUGCGCCUACCAUCUCUGAAGCUUGCAGGCUCUAUAUCUCCUUUUAUUGGAAAUUUGAGCUUUCUAAGGAUUCUACAUCUCCAAAACAAUAGCUUUGGUCAUGAAAUCCCUCCACAAAUUGGUCGUUUGCAUCAACUGAAGAAAUUAUUUUUGAACAACAAUUCGAUGGUUGGUAAAAUCCCUUCCCAUUUAUCCAAUUGCUCUAACAUUGAAGAAAUCGGACUUUCUUAUAACAAAUUUGUUGGAGAUAUUCCAACUGAGUUUAGCUUCUUGUCAAAGCUUCGAGCAUUUCAUGCAGAGAAUAACAGACUAACGGGAAGUAUUCCCCCAUCUCUUGGGAACUUAUCUUCACUUGAAGAACUUGUUGUAUUCACAAAUAAUUUGGGUGGGAGUAUUCCGAAUGCACUAGGCCAACUCAAAAAUCUUAUAGCUAUUAUACUUACAGAAAAUAAGUUUUCAGGUACCAUCCCUCCAUCAAUUUUCAAUCUCUCUUCAAUUAGUGUUCUUAAUGUAGGACUUAAUCAAUUGCGAGGGAGUCAGGUUCAGUGGGAGUUGGGUAUAACUACUCUUCCUAAUCUCCGAGACUUCUCCAUUGCCUCUAACCAUUUUACUGGUUCCAUUCCUCCUUCAAUAUCCAAUGCCUCAAAUUUGGAGAGAUUACAAAUUGCAGCAAACAAAUUUACUGGAAAUGUGCCUUCUUUGGAAAAGCUGCAUAGGCUCAAAAUAUUUACUGCUUUUCAAAACAAGUUAGGGGGAAGUGGAGAAGCUGAUCAUGACUUGAGUUUUAUAUGCUCUUUGACCAAUGCAACCAUGUUAGAGGUUUUGGUAGUACACACCAACAACUUUGGUGGUGUCUUACCAGAAUGCAUUGGUCACUUGUCAUUGUCCCUAAAAGUAUUUUUAAUAUUUGCAAACAAAAUAGCUGGAAUGAUUCCGAGUGGGAUCUUGAAUCUUGUCAACUUAGAAAGACUCAGUUUGGGACAGAACCAAGUGUCAGGUAACAUUCCAGUUGCUAUCGGUAGGCUUCAUAGGUUAAAGAGACUGGAUCUAUCGCAUAACAAUCUCUCAGGCAGCAUCCCUCACUCUCUUGGAAAUCUAACUUUGUUAUUUGGUCUUCAUUUGUUUGGAAAUAACCUCGGUGGAAGCAUCCCAUCAAGUCUAGGCUACUGCAAAUCUUUGAUCUCACUAGACCUUUCUCGUAACAAUCUCAAUGGUUCCAUACCCCUACAGAUAUUUGGUCUCUCAUCUUUAUCAAUUCGCCUAGUAUUGUCCCGAAACCGUCUUACGGGUCCUCUUCCCAUGGAAGUUGAAAAUCUUAAGAAUCUAGGUGGAUUAUAUAUAGCAGGGAAUAUGUUAUCUGGUGAAAUUCCGAGCAGUCUUGGUAGUUGCAUUAGGCUGGAGACUCUAUCCAUGGGAAGAAACUUCUUCCAAGGAACUAUUCCAUCAAGUCUUGGCUCCUUGAGAGGACUUCAAAGCUUAUAUCUUUCCCAGAACAAUUUCUCAGGAAGAAUCCCUGAAUUUCUUGUGUAUAUGAACUCAUUGCAGCGUUUAAAUAUAUCACACAAUAAUUUUGAGGGGCCGGUGCCAACAGAUGGCAUUUUCAAGAAUUUAAGUUUAGCUUCAGUUGCAGGGAACAACCAACUAUGUGGGGGAAUCCCUGAGAUCCACUUGCCUAAAUGCAACUUCAAAGAGUCUGGGAAUACAAAAUUGACCUUAACCUGGAAGUUAAUAAUAUUUAUAGUUUUGGGGAUACUAGGAGUAACUCCGAUGCUAUAUUUUUUGUGUGUUUCUUGGUUGAGAAAGAAACGAAAAGUGUCAAUAUCAAGUUCUUCAGAAAACUUGCUUUUGACUAUAUCCUACCAAAGUCUCCUAAAAGCCACUGAUGGAUUCUCUUUAGCAAAUUUGCUUGGUGUGGGUGGUUUUGGAUCAGUCUAUAAAGGAGUUCUUGAUGAGAGUGGAACUAUAAUUGCUAUCAAGGUCCUCAACCUUCUGUGCCAUGGAGCCAUCAGAAGCUUUCUUGUUGAGUGUGAAGCGUUUAGAAACAUCAGACAUCGAAAUCUUGUAAAGGUUCUUACAGUUUGUUCAAGUGUUGAUUACCAUGGAAAUGAUUUCAAGGCUCUAGUUUAUGAGUUCAUGGUCAACGGAAGCCUUGAAGAAUGGUUGCAUCCAGCUGCUAUAGAAGAUGAAAGGCAUCGGGACCAAAGAAAUCUAGAUCUUUUUCAGAGGUUGGAUAUUGCAAUUGAUGUUGCGAAUGCAUUAGAAUAUCUACAUUACCAUUGCCAAACACAAAUAAUUCAUUGUGACCUCAAGCCGAGCAAUGUUCUUCUCAACAAUGAAAUGGUUGGACACGUGGGUGAUUUUGGGAUAGCAAGAUUCGCUCCUGGAAGUAACCAUAGCUCUUCAGCCACUCACUCGAGCACUAUUGGAUUAAGGGGAACUAUUGGUUACGCUGCUCCUGAGUAUGGAGUGGGAAAUGAGGUAUCCACCUAUGGUGAUAUGUACAGUUAUGGGAUUCUUCUACUAGAAAUGUUCACAGGAAAAAGGCCCACUGAUGACAUUUUUAAGGACAGUCUAAGCCUACAUUCUUUUGUCAAGACAGCCUUGCCUCAAAGAGUAGUUGAGAUUGCGGAUCCAAUUCUUUUUCAAGAAAGGGAAGAAGAGACAACUAGGAAUAAUGGCCAAAAUAACAACAAUACAAGUAGAAAUAAAAGUCAAGAGUGCUUGGGUUCGAUUUUUCAGAUUGGACUUUCAUGUUCAGUUGAACAGCCAGAAGAACGAAUGAACAUGAGUGAUGUUGUAGCUGAGCUUCAUUUAGUCAAAAAAAAGUUUCUUCAGAGUGAAACAAAUGAAGCAAUCCAAGAAUAAAUGGACCAUAUUAUCAGACGUAGCUAUUAUUGCUGUCUUUGUGAUAUUUA